ACACAAAAUACAUUCUGCGCAUUCGGGCAUAACAUAAAUAGGUGUUGGUGUACGAUAGCUGGUCAAAACAAAUUUGGAAAUAAGGUCACCGUGAUCUUAUCAUUUCGUAUAUAGUACAUGUCUGUAGGCAGUAACAGAGUUACACCGGAACCAGAUACACAGAACCUAAUGGCGAGUUACGGGAGUCGUGGAGAGGUUAAAGACCAAGUUACGAUUAUUGGAGGACAAGAAGUUGAGGAGGACAUAGGCUGCUGUGGUUCAAUACUUGUGUUCAUAUCAUGGGUGCUGGUUGUCUGCACAUUUCCAUUUUCUCUUUGUUCCUGUGUGAAGGUUGUUCAGGAAUAUGAAAGAGCUGUAAUAUUUCGCCUGGGUCGCCUGGUGGGAGGAGGUGCCAAAGGACCAGGGAUGUUUUUCGUGCUGCCUUGUAUUGAGGAUUACACCAAAGUGGAUCUUAGAACUGUGUCCUUCGAUGUGCCACCACAGGAGAUUUUGACCAAGGACAGCGUGACAAUCUCUGUAGAUGCUGUGGUGUAUUAUCGUAUCCAGAAUGCCACCAUCUCCGUAGCCAAUGUGGAGGAUGCUCAUGGUUCCACCAAACUCUUGGCUCAGACCAGCCUCAGGAAUGUCCUGGGAACCAAGAACCUGGCCGAGAUUCUCUCCGACAGAGAGGCUAUAUCUUCUACAAUGCAGUCUGGCCUGGAUGAGGCUACAGAUCCAUGGGGCAUCAAGGUGGAGAGAGUGGAGGUGAAGGACUGUCGUCUACCCAUCCAGCUGCAGAGGGCAAUGGCUGCCGAGGCUGAAGCUGCAAGAGAAGCUAGAGCCAAGGUUAUCGCCGCAGAGGGAGAACAGAAGGCUGCUCGUGCCUUGAAGGAGGCUGCCGACGUUAUCGCAGAGUCACCAUCUGCCCUCCAGCUGCGCUAUCUUCAGACCCUGAACAGCAUCUCUGCUGAGAAAAAUUCAACAAUUAUUUUCCCUCUGCCUGUUGACUUGCUGUCAGGGUUAAUAAAGAAAUAAUGGUUAUGGUAAUCAAAGGGAAAAUUCAGAGAGCAAGACCCAUGCUUUAAACAACACGUUUAUAUAAAACUAGGCCUCUCUUAAAUAGUUCCAAAAGGUAUUUUUAGUAGUCUAAGAGCAUUUUCUCUCUGUUUAAUUUUAAUUGAUGUAGUGAAUAUUAUAUCUCUCUCUCAAUGUUUUAUAUCUCACAUGUACAUUUGUACUUUGUAAGGGGACAGAGGGAGGAUGUUUAAUUACCAGAAAUAGUUAAUUAAAUAUGACAUUCUAUAUGACAUUCGGAAAAUUAAGACUGUCAUUUUGGAUGACUUUAUUUUGAAAUGCAAAUACACACACACACCACAAUGAUGCAUUGUUGCUCUGUACUGUGAUUUCUAGUGCAAACUACUUUUACAUUGUAGAAUAUUUUGAUUCUUCACAUUGUGCACCUUUUGUAGAGUUUUUUUGCUACAAGUGUUUUUGAAUGUGUCACACAAUGUAAUUAUGUUAGCCAGUAGCAGUAAAAUGUUCCACAUUGUGCAUAAAGACAAUGAAGAGGCGAUUACUUUAGUAAGCAGCCUGGGAAGGGUAGAUGAUCCACAAAACUGAUGAAAUACUGGCAUGACAUUUUCUUGACCAAUGAAGUGAAUCAAGAUCUGACAAAUAAUUGAUUACAUUUUCUUAGGCCAGAUUUUGUGUCAUUGCAAUUAGCAAAAUGCAUGUUGUAAAAUAUUAAUUUUUUUGUAAAUAUUUUGAAUAAUUGUAUUGUAUCAUUUUAUGGGUGAUUAUUAUGUGAGUAAUGUGUAGAUAAUUCAGUGAGAUUUUAAACCCCAUUCCCAGAGAUUAGAUCGAUCUACUUUUACUCCCCGGGGGUUCACGCUAGAUAGUUGUCAGGUGAGCGGGC